AUGGAGUUUGGAAAGAGCUUAAGUGAGAGUAGUGAUAUUAAUUGCCAUCAAAGGAUUGACAGAGAGGACAGACCCUAUAAAUGCAUGGUGUGUGAAAAGAGAAUCCACACGGGGGAAAAACCAUUUCAAUGUACAGAAUGUGGAAAAAGCUUUGCUUGGACAGGACAACUUAAUUCUCACAAAAGGACCCACACAAAAGAGAGACCAUAUAAAUGCAUACAGUGUGGAAAAGCAUUUACUCACAAAAAUAGUCUUACUUGUCAUGAAAGAAUCCACACGGGGGAAAAACCAUUUCAAUGUACAGAAUGUGGAAAAAGCUUUGCUUGGACAGGACAACUUAAUUCUCACAAAAGGACCCACACAAAAGAGAGACCAUAUAAAUGCAUGUAG